CAACAGCUGUGCCGAAAAGAGGCCCGUUCAUCUUUUUCGGCUUGUCGCCUGGUCGUGUACUAAAGGAGCUGCUUAAGAAAGCAGCUGGUCGCGAGUGGCUCAAGCAGGAGAGAUGCGUCGUUGUCUGCAGGUCUUUUGGCGACAUGGAUACUUCCGACACGUGUUGAUAAAGUGAGAACUCGCUUCCUUGUAGUCGGCUCCUUAUAUGAGCGUCACGACGCAACACUAAAGAGCCAGGGAUUGCAGUCUGCGCCGUCAGAGAUCCUUGAGAAUAAUAUCCAAUGGAUGCAGAGGAAGCCUGACCCUACAAAUCUUGAUAAGUACAGAAGAACUACGAGGGAGAAUGAGAAAGUCUGUCCCUAUUUUUAUUUGCCAACGUAUGGUACAUAAUUACAAAUAUACGUACUUUUAUACGUACUUUACACUAUUUUUACACAUAGUCCCCAUACCGGUGCACACAUUUGUCCCAUCGCAGCACUAAAUUUGAGGUGCGACUGUGCCACGUUGCUAUCAGUCAGCGACGCACGCGGCCUCACCGAACGCCCCUUGUCAUGCAAGUUUUCGCGGCCUUUUGCAAGCUCACAUAACCACCACUGCACACUUCUCAAAGCGAGGAACCUUUCGCCAUACGUAGGCUGCAUUUCCCUGUAGGUUUCAAUAGGUUUCAAUCCCGUACUCCAUAGAAAACGAAUCACACUUCGUUGCUCUUAAGCAGCGGACAUGUGAAGCACAACCGCCACCUUCAACAACUGACAGCAGCACCGUGCCAUGGAGAUACCGGCAGAUAAAUCACGGCCGGUCCUAGAAAGGUCCACCGCUGGGAAUGGGAAGUCGAAUGCAAAGACACAUAUACAUGGCAGGUGCGUUAUUAGCCAUGUGGACGUUUUUUCCGAGUGGGAAGGUCCAAUGUGCAGAAAUGGACGAAGAGGGACACACAAGCCAGGUGGCACAAGAGCGGCGCAUCAUUUUCCACCUUACUCGCACAACUACAAGACCAACAAGAAGCUUGCUAGAAUACUUUCCACAAGCUCAGCCCUGGCCACCACAAGCACCUCGACCAGGAGAAAAGAGAUAGUGCCAUUUGGGUGUAACUAAUUUUGAUUAAACAAACCAAACAU